GGAAAACCCAUAGACUUCUUGAUUUAGGUGCUGGAGAUGGAGAAGUCACAAAAAUCAUGAGCCCUCAUUUUGAAGAAAUUUAUGCCACUGAACUUUCUGAAACAAUGAUCUGGCAGCUCCAGAAGAAGAAAUACAGAGUGCUUGGUAUAAAUGAAUGGCAGAAUACAGGGUUCCAGUAUGAUGUCAUCAGUCGCUUAAAUCUGCUGGAUCGCUGUGAUCAGCCCCUGACAUUGUUAAAAGAUAUCAGAAGUGUCUUGGAGCCCACCCAAGGCAGGGUCAUCCUGGCCUUGGUUUUGCCCUUUCAUUCCUAUGUGGAAAACGUAGGUGGCAAGUGGGAGAAACCAUCAGAAAUUCUGGAAAUCAAGGGACAGAAUUGGGAAGAGCAAGUGAAUAGCCUGCGUGAGGUGUUCAGGAAAGCUGGCUUUGUCAUGGACGCUUUCACUAGACUGCCAUACCUGUGUGAAGGUGACAUGUACAAUGACUACUAUGUUCUGGAUGACGCUGUCUUUGUUCUCAGACCAGUGUAAACAUGUAGAGGCCCACGUCUUCAGAGUCACCCCUGGAAUCUGCCCUCCAGAAGAGGAGGUGCAUCCAGGGAUGUGAGGGGGACCUCUGGGGACUGUCAUUCUCAGUAUCAUGUAGGAAUUUAAAAAGCCAAAACACUAAUUCUUUCUUUGUAGUGUGUAAGGGAGUGUUUUUAAAAACAAAACCCAACUCUUUGU